AUGAUACAAUCGUUUUGUCUUUCAAAAGUACGGAGAAACAAAAUGAAAGCCUUUUCAAUUGCUAUUCUCGUUUGUACUGUUCUUUUGAUGAUGAUUCUCAACGAGAGAUAUGCCCAAGCAGCUGAGGAAAAUAGUUUUGAACAAGACGAAAUCGAUGCUCUUUCGUUUCUUGUCGACAAACGGGUUUACAAACAAUUCAAAACCAAAUGCGAAGAACAAAAGCGUGAAGCCAAAGCAGCUUACGAAUCCCGUUGUGAACCAUCAGUUCCUAUCAGAUUAACAAAUAAGAAUGCGUCGAAAAAACGAUAUUCUCGUUCUACAUCCAAUGAAUUUCUCCGUCGCAAACGUGGCAUUUUCCAUCCCGGAGUGACUGCAUGUGAAGAACAAAAGCGUGAAGCCCGAGAAGACUACGAAGAACGAUGUGAACCAUCAAUUCCAUGGCAACGGGAUCGUAAAAACAACCGCUUCUGUCCAGAUAUUAACGAAUGGAAAGAGCUAGAUGCCUAUGAAAUCGGAGAGGGAGGUGGUUUUGAUCUUGAUACGUUGGGUAAAUUGAUUCCACAAAAUGUUAGUAUGGAAAAAAUCAUCGGUGGUGUUGUCGCUGGAAUCAUCACCGCUGGAGUUGGAGGCAAACGAAAAUCGGUCUAUGCGAAUCGCUUUCUGAAACGAUCGUUCUUUCAUCCGGGUUCAACAAAAUGCGAGGAACAAAAACGUGAAGCACGAGAAGAUUACGAGGAACGAUGUGAACCAUCCUUUCCGUUGUUUCGCAAUACCGGCACGCGUCGAUUUUGCCCAGACAUUCACGAUUGGAAAGCAUUUGAUAAUUAUGAAAUCGGUGAUGGAUUUGAAAGUCGGGAUCCUAUCAGCGAAAGUAAAAUUAAUACAAAUCGCGAUCGAAAUCGUUCACGAGAUCCAAAUAGAAUGGAAACUGGUCCUGAUCGUAAUGGUGAUUACGAUAACGAGAUGAUUGACCAAGAAUAG